CCCGCCCAGCUCACUCCACCUUCGAGUUCUCCUCCUCUCCUGGCCGCCGCCGCCGUGCUCGGGUCAUCUCUUCUUGCCAUGGUGGUAUGGUAGAAAGAAGGAGACUACUGUUGAUCCCUGCAAUUAGUCUCACCAUUGGCUCCCUUCAGUACAGUCUGGAGAAGGGAGCAGCAAAAGCUGAAUUUACUGACAUGCCAGCGCUUCGUGGGAAGGAUUAUGGAAAGACGAAAAUGAGUUAUCCAGAUUACACUGAAACAGAAUCAGGCCUCCAAUACAAGGACUUGCGAGUUGGAGAGGGCCCAUCCCCAAAGAAGGGAGAGACAGUAGUGAUUGAUUGGGAUGGGUACACAAUUGGAUACUACGGUCGCAUUUUUGAAGCUCGAAACAAGACCAAAGGUGGUUCUUUCGAGGUAAUACCAGCCUUUGAGGAGGCUAUGACAGGCAUGCGUCCCGGUGGAGUUAGAAGGAUAAUAGUACCACCGGAUAUUGGAUACCCAGAUAAUGACUUGAACAAGUUAGGCCCAAAACCGACAACAUUUUCGGGACAAAGAGCUCUAGAUUUCGUUCUAAGGAAUCAAGGAUUAAUAGACAAAACUCUCCUGUUUGACAUUGAGCUUAUCAGGAUAAUUCCGAGUCAAUAGUAUACAAGGGCAAUUUUGAUGACCAAGAAGCAUACAGUUUGAGCAUGGUAUCAAAUCCUUGGAUGAUCAUGGGAUAUGUAAAUAUAUACACUAUAUACUUGAGUAUUAAUAAAAAACUUUGAUAUCGUCCACCCAUUUUGUUGUUUACUGAAAAAAUACUAAGGAUUUUAAAGUGCAACCAGAUAGAUCGAAUCUAUUCUUGAAAUAGGCAACUUUCACACGAUCCCUAGAUUGGGUUAUUAGUUGAAUAAAUACUUGCAGCACACAACUUACACAACACGAAAAAUUAUGUACUCUUCAUGCACAUUUCCUGCCUUUUAUUUUAUUUUGUGCACUACCUAGAUUAAUUUUGAAGUCUAAAUAGUAGGGAUUGACAGGGAAACAUAUAUAUCCAUAAUACACCCUCUGUUCUCUAAAUAUAAGAUGUUUUGGCAGUUCAGUUUAAACUGCCAAAACGUUUUAUGUUUAGAAACAGAGGUAGUACCUAGAACUAGAAGAGAGAACAUGCGCAACUAACAGCGUAUGCUUCAUUUGUUUUGCUGUUUUUUUUUUUGCCAUGUCUAGGAGCUGAAAGCUUCAGCCUCUGUGAUCUGUCCUUAAUCUGUUUCAGUCUCCUGCAAAAGGGAAGCUUUUGUAAUCAAAAUUUGACUGGAAAUUUGCAAUAU